GGACCUCCAACCUGUCGACCUGCAUUUGUCAACGCGGAUUGUGGCGUAGGAGAGACAGCUUAAAAGAGAUUUGGUUUGUCUUUUUAAUUGCUGUGCGGACACAAUGAGGACGGUUUUCCUGGUGCUCACGAUAUUUCUAUGUGUCUGCUUGGUCAGAGGGCCUCCAUCACCACAACCUGUGGAGCCUACCCUGACAACAACCAAUAACAAGCAAAGCACUGCAGACCGGCAAGGUAGCAAUGACAAUCCACCAGCAGGAGAUGCAGGUGUUGCUAAUGGAGCGGACAGCGAGCCUAAAGCAGCAACUGCUAUAACACCUACAAAAAAUCCAUCAGAUGACAAAAUACAAGAUAAGACCAAACCACCAGCUGAUCAGGAGAAACAUCAAGACAGUAACGCAGGGCAAGAAAACACACAAAGUCAGCAAAGUCAACAAAAUGAAACGACAAGUGUGCCGGGAAAAUCCACUGACAUAAACAAGGGUCAGCAGCCCGCAGGCACACUGCCAAAAGUACAACCUAAGACCACCGUAGAGUUAGGAGAGAAAGACAAGACAGAAGGAAACGGCACCGAGGUGGGCAAGUCAGAAGUAGAUAAAGCUGGGGGAAAACCACAUGUAGACCCCAGUGAAGAUGAAAACAAAGCAAAGGACAGCAACAACAAAACAGCAACAGGAGAGGCAGACAAAGAGAAAACAGCACCAGGAGGGGACGACAAUGAGAAAACAGCACCAGGAGAGGCCAAGGAUGAGAAAACAACACCAGGAGGGGCCAAGGAUGAGAAAACAACACCAGGAGGGGAUGACAAUGAGAAAACAGCACCAGGAGAAGCCAACGAUGAGAAAACAGCACCAGAAGAGGACGACGAUGAUGAGCCAAUACUAGAAGAGACCGACAAUGAGAAUAGAACGGGAGAGGACAAUGAUGAGGAUGGUAAUGAGGAAGAUGCUAAAGGAGGGGACAUCAAGAAGAAUAAGCCAGGAGUAGAAGACACCAAAAAUAAAGGAGGAAAAAAACAGUAUAACCCAUUCGCUGUAAAGGAUGAGGCAGAGAGCAGCCAUUUCUUUGCCUACCUUGUCACCACAGCUGUGCUUGUAGCAGUGCUUUACAUCACUUACCACAACAAGCGCAAGAUUAUUGCCUUUCUUUUGGAAGGAAAGAAAUCCAGAUCCACUCGUCGACCCAAAUCCACAGACUACCAGAAGCUGGAACAGCAUAUGUAAUCUCAAGUCAUCCUUUUGAAGCCAUUGCCUCGAGCAGCUGAAUACACUGGGGGUUGCGUGUUAGAUAUUUUCCUGGUGCGCUCUGCGUUGAUUUCACCCUUCGUCAGACGGACAUUCUUCUAUUUUGUACCUUUAGAUGCUUAUCGUAUGACUAUGCAGAUGACACUGUUGCCUUAUCGAGGGAAUUAGUGAAAUGCAGUGAAGGAAAAAUAAGCAUGCUGUUUUUGCACUCGUGUCGUUAUUCCACUUUUAUGGCAAUCUUGUAAUUUGACCUGACCAAGGUCCUGACUCAGGAUAUUUAAGUAGCAAAUGAGAAAAAUAUUAGCUUGUUUGGAUUCCGGACUUGUUCGUACAGUGUGUUAGUGAUUGCACUGUGCACUGAAGAAGCCAUCUGAAUCUUUGUAAAAUACUGGCUUUGUACAAUUUCUUUGAGGUCGUUUGAAAUGUCUUUAAGAUAAAAUGUAUCAAGAGUUGAGAUGUACAGAGGUUUCACAGUGGGAUUUGUGCUCAUGUUCAUAAGCCUGGGGUGUUGGCCGGAUGAAUGUAGCGACAUUUAUUUUCCAAAGGAGAUGCUGGCACACUGCUCACACAUAGUAACUGCUUAAAGGCUGAGGCUUUAACAUAGUAAGUCUGUGCUUAAAGCAGUAGUUUUGGAAAAUGUGCUGUGUUGCUUUCUUGCUGAGUCAGAGAAGAUCGAUACCACUCUUAAAUACAUCCUGUGAAUAUAACAUUACAGCCACAGCUAGCUGCCAGUAAGCUUAGCCUUGCCUAAGGAUUGGAAAUGAGGGGGAUCAGGUAGCCUCAGCAAGACUGCAAAUAACCAUGCCCUUAAGAUACAACUUAAUAAUUGCAUGACAUUUUAAUGAUGUCAGGUUGUUGGCUGCACAUGUAAAUGCAUCUUAAUUAAAGCGAAUGUCAUGCGAAGAGAAUCUGCGAGGUGUGACUCAGAAAAAUGUUGCCAAUCUGGAAACCACCAGCCUGGUCACUGUAUGGCUCCCCAACACCUCUGUGACAUCCCCUUCUGGUUGAACUUCUCUCUCGCACCACUUGUUGCUCUGCUUUUAAACCACAGUCUGAAAUGUUAACAUGAAAACUGUUUUGCAAAAGGAAGUUGGCCAAGAGCUGCACUGCUUUGACUGUUCGGAGUGGACUGUCUGUGUCUCUGGGGAUAGGUUGACCACUAAUACAUCAGAUUAAAUCUUCCCUCUAGAGUAGAAAUGUGUGUUUAUGUUCAGACGUGACAAGACUUGUGCCAAAUUGUGAACGGUCUUACUGUGAUUCAAUGUGUGAUUCUUGUAUUGUGCCUGUUUCCUAAAUUAAAACUAUAUUUGUACUA